GCGGAGCUCCCGUCUCUUGGGCGAUCACAUUCGCAGCCAUCGACCCCGCGGAGCCCGACCUCGACUUGGGCUGCUGACAGCUCCCGACCGACCGGGUUCUUCUGGAUUGACGCACACCCCCCCGCCGCCGCUCGGGAGAUAAAGUAGAUAGGUAGAGCCCCCCCCCCUCUCCUCAUUACGUGACCUGCGGACAUGCGCUCGGACGACGACUACGAGGUGCACGUGCUGCCGGCCUUCGUGCCCGUCUUCUGGGUCUUCGUGGCCGUCGGCGUCGUGCUCUUCUACUACUCGCUCGGCUAUGCCAAGAAAUACUCCACCACCGCCGCCUUCCUGCUCACGCCAUUUAUCUGCUUCAGCCUCGUGUUCGACAACGCCAUCAUGGCUACAACGGGCAUCGACCGUCGUCGCGCCAGCACGCAGGCCAUGCUGGCCUUCCACGCGUGCGUGACGCCCAUGCUGCUGCUGGUGUGCUACGAGCUGGCCUACAUGGUGCACAAGCACAAGUCGGUCAACUUCUGCGGCAUCUCGUUCGAGAGCGGCCACCGCGAGCGCGGCAGCAGCUGCGACAACGCCGGCGCGGCCUCGAGUCUGGCCAGACGCCGCUGGUGGCUGUCCACGUGCCUGCGCUUCUUCGUGUGGCUCGUGGGCUGCGCGCUGCUGGUGCUCAACCUGCUCGUGACCUACCGCUGGACGUCGGAUCUCACGCCCGAGAUCGCCAGCAUGUACGAGCUGCAGGGGGACAGCACGGCCCACGCCGUGUGUGCCAUUCUACCGGCGCUGGUGCUUGUGGCGCUCGCGCUCUACAUCGGCCUACGGCUGUGGAACUACGGCACCAACUACUCGUACAUGGUGCACGCCACGUGCUUCAACCCGUGGAUCUGGAUGCUCGUGGGGGCCGUGGCGCUGCUAGUUGGCUACCUCAUGCCGUCUCCCAUCUACGCUCUAUCCUCGAACGCCGGCGAGUUGAUCAUGAUGGCUACAAUCGUGCGCAUGUUCCGCGAGGUGCACCACGACAUGCAGCAAGGCCUGCAGUUCGACGAGUUUAUUGAUCCCGAAGGCGCCGCUGCUCGUCGACAGGGACCGGGAAGCCCCAACAACCUGCGCAGUAUGAGCAUGAGCUUCACCAAGAGCUUGAGUCGCAGCAAGAUGGCUGCGGAACAGCCCAGCGGCUACAUGGCGGUGACGACCCCGAAGGAGUCGGAGCUGCCGGCGACGUUCGCCAACCGACUCCGUCGUGGGGACGAGGACGGAGAUGCACAGCCCAGCGCGAGUGCAGCCUACCUCUCGGUCGUCGUGGCUCGAGAGCGUACGAACCCGCUGUGCCAGUAG